UGUAGUACACUGGUAAAUUUUUACUUUAAAAACAGAUCAGGGGAUGUACUGCAGCUGAUUGAAGAAAAGUCUUGUUUAGCCGUUGUAAGAGGCUCAGAGCCCGUGUCUAGCUUUUAAGAUCAUUGGAGCAACUUUUACAUCAAAAAUGACAUCAUUUUAGUGUUUUGGUGCUCGGAGAUGCUCUAAGCUUAUGAUAGUUUAAUCUAGAGUUUGUGAUGGUUAAACCAAAUACAGUAAGAUAGUAUAAUGUGUAUUUAUGAUUGUCCCUCUGUCUAAGAUAUUUAAUCUUCAAAUACAUAAAUAAUAUAUUUUACUCUUUUUUUUAUAUAUUUUACUCUUUUUAAUAUUUAACAAAAUAAGUCAAAUAAAGACCAGGGUCAAAUAUUGGAGUUUAAAAACUUUGGGUCAGGCCCCGGAGUAGGUCAACCUUUGUGUAACGGCUAGAUCUGACACAAUAUAUUGAGAUGUGAUGUUUUUCAUUCCAAAGAAGAAAUUAUACACAAAUGAGAUGAGGGAGGCAGAGUCAUGGAAGCUGCACGUUGAUGCCAGGACCAACAAAUUCAGCUUCCAAUUCAAAGCCAAAAGAUUCUUCUUCCCCAAUCUCUACCAACUCUCAUUCAACCUCAAAACACGUCCCCCUGUCUCAUUGCUCAGAAAAUCAAAAUCCCUGAAAUCAAAGUUUAUCAAGCUCCUCCAGAAAUGCAGCUUCAAACGAAUCAAAAACACAGGCAUGGCUUCUAGGACCAACUCCAGAUCUCGAUGCAUAAGCUGUGAGGGGCGAAGGAAUGAUGGAAAACUUGGUAUGUUUUAUAACUGGAUAACUGCGGAGAAGGAUAAUAUAGGGACAUCCAUACAAAGAUUGAAUAUAUUCAACAACCUCAAAAUGUUUAUGGGAAUGAAUGUAAUUUAUCUGUUCUUGUUAUUUUUGGGGACUGCAGUGGUGAGUUACUGGGCCCUCGCAGUUAAAUACAACAAUUUUAUGACUAGCGUUGUACGUUAUUUUUACAAGAUGUUAGCAGAGCUAAUUUAGAGACAAUGGUUGAAUUAGUUUUGUUUCAACAGGAAUAAUGAGCUUGCUGUAGUUAUAUGUCUCUUCUUUGAAUAACUGGAGAAUAUUAUUAUAAAUAAAAUCAAUUGAACUUUUAUGGAGGUUAAGAUUAAAUUGUAUAAAUUGUCUCUUGUGGUCUUACGAGUUGAUGCUAGUUAUGAACCUAUGGAAUUGAUCAUUAUAAUCAUAUUUUUCUUCUCUUUUUUUUCUUGUUGCGAAAUUCAAAACAUAUAUAGCAACUUGACUUCAUAAUAUGUUACUAUGUUAGCAUUGUAAUACUUAGGCUGCUUUCAAUUGGAUGUAGUGUAAUGAAAAGAGAAUGGAAUAAAACUCGUACUAUAAAUUGGGGUUAAUUGGAGAAAAUGGCUAUAUUUUUCAUUCCUUCAUUCAUUUCAUUUUAAGUAUUUGAACUAAAAAUCUAACCUACAUCUUUUUGGAAGGAAUGCUCUUUCCACUUCUUCAUCAUGUCUCCCAGCAAUCUUCAUCAUAAAUAUUUAGACCCUUUCAUAUUUAGUCACAGUUGUCUUAAUCUUUCUUCUUUCUCCAUAAAUAUUCUUUAUAAUUUUUCAUUCCAUUACAUCUAAGUGAACAAGGAAUGGAAUGAAAAAUGAACUGUGCUAUGGGCAGUUGUUAAGAAAUUUCAUUUAUUCCUCCAUUCCAUUCCUUACAUUAUAUGCUAGAGAUCACAUAUUUAAUUUGAGAUGGAAUGAUUCAUUCUCUCCUAUCCCGAUUUCUUCUCAAAUCUAAAAUAACAAUUUUACAAUCACUUAAUUAUUUUUCAAAAUUUUCUUCUUAUCUCUAGUAGUUUCAAGUAAUUUUACUCGUUACAUUGUCUAAACAAACAUUAGUGUAGCCGAUAGCUCGGUUUAUCUACUCAAAAGUUUAGCUCAAGUGAGGAAUAGAAAGGCUGGUUCGUAGAGUCUAUUUUCAAUCCCCUUACAAGAUUCCAGAGACGAGGGAUCAGCUUAAUUAAUUAGGAGAAGACUUCACAUUAUUUUAAUUUAUUGCAUCAAGCAGUAGAAGUAUCUUGUCAGUAGCACAUAUCUCUCUGUUCAUAACUUUUAGCAAUAUCAAUGAUUGAUGGGGGAUCCUCAAGAACCGAAUGUGCGCUUAACAGAAGUAGAAGAACCAACCCAUCAAUAUCUGAUAUAAGUGUUUGAAGCUGGGGUGUAGCAGAUACAACCAUUAGGAACAUCAUUCUCACCUGAGGCCUACAGUCCUUGCAGAUUGAAAAGGGAAUCAAGUCAUCAAUCUUAUUCACAACCUCAUCAAAAGAUUUUGUCAUGUAGAGGUCCUUCCUUACAGAUCAGUCCCUUUAAAAACGUAUCUUCCUGAUGGUGACAAUUCGACUGCUUUUGCUGGUGCAACUGUUGAGGAUGCAGUAUGCCGAGUUCCUGGUCAAGGAGAUUCGUGCAAUUCAUGCAGAGGAAAAUUUAUGCAGGUCUACUGUUUGGGAGUCCUGAGCUUAAGAUGGGAUGUUUUAGUGUUUCAAAGGACAAGAAGAAGAGGUCAGAGCCAAAUAGCUUUGCAAGUGUGAACCUUCAGGACCAUCCACCCACAGCAGUGCCAGAACCACCAGCCCAAACGCGAACUUUGCAAUCUGCCCCACCAAGUUUCAUAAACCGGGUGAAACAUGUUCAGCCAAAUAACAACAUAACCAGAACAAUAGCACGAGCUUUGUCCGCACCUUCAAGCCUAAAUGCAGCAAAACAUGAUACUCUCUCAACUGACUAUGAGAAACAGAAAGUCAUGAAGAGUCGAUUUGGAUCAAUGAAAGAACGUCAGAACCUACAUCCACAACCCCUUCCGCUCCCCUUACCUCCAAAUGCUGCAGUUCUGAAGAAUGUGCGGAAUUUAAAAGUAUUGAACUCUAGUGGCCCUCCUAAUACAGCUUGUCCACUGCCACUGCCUCCAGCAUUACCUCUUACACUGCCUUCCAAAUCGCCUCAAUCCCUGCCAUCUAUCGGAGUCAUAAGAAACUUCUCGUUUGAAGAACUCGCGGCUGCCUGCAAUAAUUUCAGUCCAGAGCGAUUUGUGUCAGGGGAUUCAUCUUCCAUGAUAUAUAGAGCAUCCUUUGGAGGAGAUGACAGUUCUGGCACCAGGAGAUUUGAAGCCACUGUUACUCGCCUUAAUCCAUCAAACCAGGGCUUGAAAGAAUUUUUAAAGGAGGUGAAUACACUUGGCUGUUUGCAAAGCCCUUAUCUAUGUCAAUUACUUGGCUUUCAUGCACGUGAGGGAUCGGAAGGGAGGAUGCUAGUGUAUGAGAGAUUAUAUCAUGGAAGUUUAGACAGGAUUUUAUAUGGAAGAUUGGAUGGUCCUCAACUAGAUUGGCCUGCCAGAAUGAAAAUUGCUACAUGUGCUGCGAAAGGUUUGACCUUUUUGCAUGAAGAGGGACCUUUCCAGGCAAUGUUCCAUGACUUUUCGACUGAGAAUAUACAGAUUGACAAAGAUUAUAGUGCAAAGCUAUCUGGAUAUGGUUGCGUAAGCCACAUUUCUGAAAUAGACCUAUUCAGCAACUCAGUUGCACCGACAAGUCUUCUGGUGGAGGUUCAAAAUAAAGGACUGCUCACACCUAAGAGCAACGUCUGGAGUUUUGGUAUUGUGCUUCUUGAAUUGCUCACGGGUAGGAGAAACCAUGACUAUCAUCCAAAGGAAGAGAGGAACUUGGUGAAGUGGAGUCGCCCUUAUUUAUCAGAUGAGGGUAGAUUGUCAUUGAUCAUGGACCCUCAUCUGCAAGGGCGGUUCCCAGCCAAGGCAGCACACUUGGUAGCUGAUAUCGUUCAGAGAUGUCUUCAGACGGAUCCAUCAGAAAGGCCAACCAUGAGGCUCAUUACCGAGCAUCUCACUGCAAUAGAACAAAUUAAAUAUACAUCCCGGUUUCCACUGCAAAAUCCAGGAUCAAUCCGUGGCAAAAGCAUGUCUAGAUCACCAAGCCUGAAUGGGAUCAUUACACCAGGACCCCAAUUAACUCUGUCUUCAUCACAAAAAGCCAGAUUACGUGUUUCUCCAACUCGACCAUUGGGCCUGCCGCUUACUCUUCCUCCCCAAAGCUGUUCCUCCACUCUCUCUUCCGAAGAAUUUAAUAGAAAGGGGCGAAAGUUGUCAUCUUCCAGCAAUCAAAAAUCUGGCGUUGAAGGUUUUUGAUUAUUAAAUACAAAGUUUAAAUUUUCCCUUUUUUGCUAGUCAUUUUACAUGAAAUAUAGAUAUAGAAAUUAUGUGUGGUAUGUUUAUGUUAACUCUUAAGAUCUGGGUUUAAAUAUGUAUAUUGUUUCUUGUUGGAUUCA